AUGUUCUUCAAGUCAAUUCUGACAUCGGCGCUGGCGCUCUCUCUGGGCGCCGAGACCGUCGCGGCGUCUAAGCACGGACGCUUUGCGCAGCUCGCUCGUGAUCCCUUGGAGAGAGCCCAGCGGGCUUAUGAUGCGGGACAUGUGAAGCCAGUGCGUUCUCACAAUGGAUUCCGCUUCUUGAAUGAUCAAACCAAGCAUCACCUGGUCAGCCAUCUCCCGGAUGUACCUUAUGAUAUUGGGGAGAUGUACUCGGGGCUGAUGCCCAUCGAUAAGAACAAUGACUCGCGGGCUCUGUUCUACAUCUUCCAACCCACCAUUGGCAAGCCCGUGGACGAAGUCACGAUCUGGUUGAACGGAGGCCCUGGCUGCAGUUCCAUGGAGGGCUUCUUCCAAGAGAACGGCCGUUUCACUUGGCUACCCGGCACCUACGCGCCUGUGGAGAACCAAUACUCAUGGGUCAAUCUGACCAAUAUGUUGUGGGUGGAUCAGCCUGUGGGAACGGGCUAUUCCAUCGGUACGCCCACGGCGACCUCUCAGGAGGAAACGGCCGCAGAGUUUGUCAAGUUCUUCAAGAACUUCCAGGAACUCUAUGGCGUCAAGAGUUUCAAGGUCUACGUGACGGGCGAGAGCUAUGCAGGCCGCUACGUUCCGUACAUCUCGGCGGCAUUGCUGGAUGCUAACAUUACUCUCGGGGGUGCCCUCGCCUAUGACCCAUGUAUUGGUCAAUUCGAUUACGUCCAGGAGGAGAUCCCCGCCGUUCCUUUCGUCAAGGAGAACGCCAACCUGUUCAACUUCAACGAGACGUUCAUGGCGGAGCUGGAGCGCCUUCACAAGAAGUGCGGAUACGAGGAGUUCAUUGACACCUACCUCAAGUUCCCACCCCCCAAGCAACAACCCCCUCUCUUCUUCGACUACAACACUAUGGCCGAGUGUGACGUCUUCGACAUGAUCUACAACGAAGUCCUCAAUAUCAACCCAUGCUGGGACCUCUACGAAGUCAACCAGAUGUGCCCCCUGAAUUGGGACGUCCUCGCCUUCCCAACCUCCCUCGUCUACCUGCCCGAGGGUGCGUCGGUCUACUUUGACCGCAAGGACGUCAAGCGCGCUCUGCACGCGCCCAUGAACGUGACCUGGGCCGAAUGUUCCACUCAGCCCGUCUUCGUGGGCGGAUCCGCCGGUCCCGAACAAGAGGGCGACAUCGCUGCCAACCCGAUCGAGCAUGUCCUCCCCAAAGUCAUCGAGGCCACCAACCGUGUCUUGAUCGGCAAUGGUGACUAUGACUUUGUCAUCAUCACCAACGGCACGCUCAUGAGUAUCCAGAACAUGACCUGGAACGGCCACCUUGGAUUCCAAAAGGAGCCUUCCACCCCAAUCGACAUCAAGCUACCCGAUCUGCAGUGGAAGGAGGUUUACGCCCAGAACGGCAUUAACGAGACUCAGGGCCAGGGUAUCAUGGGUGUGCAGCAUUACGAGCGCGGUCUGAUGUGGGUCCAGACCUAUCAAUCCGGACACAUGCAGCCGCAGUAUCAACCUCGUUCGUCCUACCGUCACCUCGAGUGGUUGUUGGGACACACCGACAAGAUCUAA